AUGCCCUCACACGGAACAACUGAUUUAGAAAAGGAUGUACUUAGAGCUGAAAAUAUUCUAUCGUCUUUCACUGAACCUGGAAAAGGCCAAGAUAUCAAGAAAUUGAUUCCACCUUCUGUUUUAGCAAGAGCACAUGGAAUUGUACUUAUUCGAAUUUAUCGUGUAGGUUUGAUGUUUUCUCACAAAAGUGGAAAGGGUAUUAUUAUUGCAAGAUUACCUGAUGGAAGUUGGUCUGCACCAUCUGGAGUAUCCAUGACUUCGGUUGGAAUUGGUCAUCAAGCUGGUGGGGAAGUCAUUGAUUCUAUUCUAGUCUUGAAUUACCGUAGUGCUGUGAAAGCUUUCUUUGACGCCGGUGGACAGUUACAAGUAGGACUCAAUAUGUCUGUAGCUGCUGGACCCUUGGGUAGAUCUGCUGAUAUUGCUGCAUCAACCUCUACCAUGAAUCAUUUCGCUGCCAGUUAUUCUUAUAGUUCAUCAAAAGGUUUAUUUGCAGGUUAUUCCUUUGAAGGAUCCAAGAUCUCUGAAAGGGUCAAAACAAAUGCAAAUUUUUAUGGACGAUUUGUUAGCGCACGAGAAAUUCUGACCGGUACAGUUCCUCCUCCUCAAAUGGCUUCUGGUAUUUACAACAUCUUACACUCCAUUGGUGCUACUGGACCUCAACCUGGAAUUACUUUUGGUCCUAUCAAAUCGAUAAUAGAUCAUUCAUUAAUGUCUACACCACCAUCAUCACCACAAUCGGACCCUGGUGCCUUGUUUUAUUCAGCUCAAGAAUCUGGCAUGACACCCAAUGGAUACCCUCUUGAAAAACAAUCGUAUCAUCGAUCAGCUCUGCAUCAAUCACCAUCCAUACGCCUCACUCGUCCAGAACCACGAAGAUAUGAACCUCCACAUACCAGAAUCCCUGAUGCAGAUUCAAUGCCACCUAAAUAUACACAUCCAUCUCCUCCUUCGUAUGAAUCAAGUAUGGUCACCCAUAGAAAUUCACAACCCUCACUGACGAUCACCACUGGAGAUCAAAUCAAUCAAUCGUCAUCUAAUCCAUUUCGACAAACAUUGACACCAUCAUCACCAACAGAAUUACCGCCAUUACCCAGCAAUCAUCACAAAUAUACUAACAAGACGUGCGUUGUGGUAGCAAAAUAUGAUUUCAACGGACAGGAACAAGGGGAUCUGGCAUUCCAAAAAGGCGAACAUAUCACGGUGAUCCUUUCUACAGAAGAUCGUAAUAGCUGGUGGCAUGGACAAAUUGGAUCAAGAACUGGAAGCUUUCCUGCUAAUUUUACAGAGGAUCUUUAG